UCUCUCCUCCGGUUGUCUCCUCUGCCACUCUGUGUACUCCUCUCAUCCUGUCUGCUUAAGUGUUAGUGAAGCUGCUGUGAGACGCUGCAACCAUGGCUGCUACUGGAUCUUACCGUAUGGUGUCAGAGGAGGAGCAGGCCAUGAGGUCUAAGCUGGAGCAUUUGACAGUGAAGGAUCAUGGGCCUGUGUUUGGGCCGUGCCAGAAACUGCCUGCCCACACUGUGCAGAAGGCGAAGGAUGAGCUGAAUGAGACGGAUGAGAGGCGGGCGUCAUCUCUGAAGGACCUGCGGGCCAUGAUGAAGGAGAGAGCAGCGGAGGGAGACGACCUGGCCAAAUUGGUGCUGGAGCGCUUCGGGGACAAACCAGACUCUCUGAUGCUGCGCUUCCUCAGAGCUCGCAAGUUUGACAUUGUCAGAGCCCACGAGCUCAUGAAGGGUUACGUGCGCUUCAGGAAGGAGUAUCCUGAGCUGUUUGAGAACCUGACCCCUGAGGCAGUCCGCAGCACCAUCGAGGCGGGUUACCCUGUGGUUCUGCCCAGCAGGGACAAGUACGGCCGUGUAGUCCUGCUCUUCAACAUCGAGAACUGGGACCUGGAGGAGAUCACAUUCGAUGAGAUCUUAAGAGCAUACUGCGUGAUCUUGGAGAAGUUGCUCGAGAAUGAAGAAACCCAGAUUAAUGGCUUUGUCCUGAUUGAGAAUUUCAAGGGCUUCACCAUGCAGCACGCCUCAGGAAUUAAACCCGCUGAGCUCAAGAAGAUGGUGGACAUGCUGCAGGACUCUUUCCCUGCACGUUUCAAGGCGGUCCAUGUCACUCACCAGCCCUGGUACUUCACCACUACAUACAACGUGGUCAAACCCUUCAUGAAGAGCAAGUUGCUGGAGAGGGUCUUUGUUCACGGUGACGAGCUGGACAACUACAUCAAAGAAUUUGAUGCGGACAUCCUGCCUGCAGAUUUUGAUGGGAAGGCCUCUGUUACUGACUGCCAGGCCAUUGCCACCAAGCUUUUUGGCUCUGAAGACACUGCUCUCUGA